AUGGCCGAAACCCACGGCGACGAUACCCGGCGCGAGGAAGCAAGCGGGGUCACCUCCGACUAUGAGCCGAGCGAGGAGGACACUGCUACGUUCGGUUCUGUUACUUCGAGCAUCAACGAACACGUGUGGGAGUACGGUAGGAGGUACCACGCCUACCGUUGCAGGAGAUAUCCCAUUCCGAACGACGAGGAGGAGUACAAGCGAGAGUCGCUGCGGCACCUGAUGCUCAAGGAUCUCCUCGGCGGCAGGCUAUAUUUGGCUCCGAUCGGGAACAAUCCGCAGAAGAUCAUCGACCUUGGUACGGGGUUCGGGGACUGGGCCAUUGAAGUCGGUGAGGCGUUCCCCAGCGCCAGGGUGACGGGGGUGGAUCUCUCACCCAUUCAACCACACUGGAUCCCGCCAAACGUCGAGUUCAUCGUCGACGACAUCGAGGACGAAUGGGCGCAUGCCAACGACUACGACUUUGCUCACUUCCGCUUCGUCAACACCAUGCUAAGAGACAACACGGCAGUACUGCGCAAAGUUUUCCAAAACCUGAAACCAGGCGGCUGGGUCGAAGUCCAGGACAUAGUCCCCCGUCUGUCGUGCGACGAUAACACUGUCACGCCGGACCACCCCCUGAUCAAGUUCUUCUCGAUGGUCAAGCCUGUGCUGAGGGAGAAGUACGGAUUCGAGAUCCGGGUACUCGACACGCUGCCUAUCCUCUUGCAGAACUUGGGCUUCGUCAACGUGCACCGCAAGAUCUUCCACAUGCCCCUGGGCGAGUGGGCGCGAGACCCGCACUUGCGGCUCCUCGGCGGUUACUUUCGCGAGAUCAUGAUCGGCUUCGUGGGCGCCAUGGCCGUGCGGCCCCUCGUCGAGGCCGGCUACGAGAAGGACGAGAUCAGCGAUGUGGUCAGGGCCGUCACCGAGGCCGUCGGAAACAGGCGCCUCCAUGGCUAUCUGCCCAUCCACUUUGUCUGGGCCCAGAAACCGCCCACUUGA